ACAUAUUUGCUCUGAUAUAUAAGACUUACGGGACACUGGAGAAAUUCAUCUCUCCUUUUACGGCGAGGGCUCAGUACCUGAAAGCAGCCAUGGAGUGGAAAAUACUUCCCAUUUACUCGUUGCUGCUGUUUUCUGUUUUCUCAAUUCAGCAAGUUUCUUCUCAAGAUGUAGCAAGCUGUGCGGGGAGAUGUGGGGAAGGGUAUUCUAGAGAUGCCAUCUGCAACUGUGACUAUAACUGUCAACACUACAUGGAGUGCUGCCCUGACUUCAAGAAGGUCUGCACCGUGGAGCUUUCCUGUAAAGGCCGCUGCUUCGAAUCCUUUGCAAGAGGGAGGGAGUGUGACUGCGACUCAGACUGUAAGAAGUACGGCAAGUGCUGUUCCGAUUACGGCACUUAUUGUGAAGAAGUGCAUAACCCCACAACACCUCCACCUCCAAAGACUGCACCUCCACCUCCAGGAGCAUCUCAGACCAUCAAAUCAACAACCAAACGUUCACCCAAAUCACCAAACAAGAAGAAGACUAAGAAAGUUAUAGAAUCAGAGGAAAUAACAGAAGAACAUUCUGUUUCUGAAAAUCAAGAGUCUUCCUCCUCCUCUUCCUCUUCCUCUUCAACUAUUCGGAAAAUCAAGUCUUCCAAAAAUUCAGCUGCUAAUAGAGAAUUAAAGAAGAAACCCAAAGUAAAAGAUAACAAGAAGAAAAGAACUCCUAAAAAGAAACCUACCCCAGGACCACCAGUUAUAGAUGAAGGUGGAAGUGGACUGGAUAAUGGUGAUUUCAAGCUCACCCCAACUCCUAACAUUCCCACCACUCAACGUAAUAAAGUUACCACAACUCCCAAGAUUACAACAGUAAAACCAACACUUCCUAAGCCCAGUCUUCCACCUAAAUCUGACACAACUAAAGAGACACCUUCGACAGUCCACACAGAGACAACAAUUGAAACUAAAGAGACUUCUACAACAAAUAAGCAGACUUCCACUAGCGCAAAAGAGAAGACUACUUCAGCUAAAGAGACACGAACUGCAGACAACACAUCUACUAAAGGUCUUGCACCCACACCUGAAGUUCCUGCUACAUCUACACCCAAAGCUGAAACUAUAACCAAAUCCCCUACACCCACCACCCCGAAGGAGCCUGCACCCACCACCCCCAAGGAGCCUGCACCCACCACCCCCAAGGAGCCUGCACCCACCACCCCCAAGGAGCCUGCUCCCACCAUUCUCGAGAAGCCUGCACCCACCACCCCUGAGGAGCCUGCAUCCACCACCCCCGAGGAGCCUGCACCCACCACCCCCGAGGAGCCUGCUCCCACCACCAAGGAGCCUGCUCCCACCACCCCCAAGGAGCCUGCUCCCACCACUCCCAAGGAGCCUGCACCCACCACCCCCAAGGAGCCUGCACCCACCACCCCCAAGGAGCCUGCUCCCACCAUUCCCGAGAAGCCUGCACCCACCACCCCUGAGAAGCCUGCAUCCACCACCCCCGAGGAGCCUGCACCCACCACCCCCAAGGAGCCUGCUCCCACCACCAAGGAGCCUGCUCCCACCACCCCCAAGGAGCCUGCUCCCACCACUCCCAAGGAGCCUGCUCCCACCACUCCCAAGGAGCCUGCACCCACCACCCCCAAGGAGCCUGCACCCACCACCCCCAAGGAGCCUGCUCCCACCACCCCCGAGGAGCUUGCACCCACCACCCCGAAGAAGCCUGCACCCACCACCCCCGAGGAGCCUGCUCCCACCACCACCCCCAAAGAGCCUGCACCCACCACCAAGGAGCCUGCACCCACCACCCCCAAGGAGCCUGCUCCCACCACCCCGAAGGAGCCUGCACCCACCACCCCCAAGGAGCCUGCUCCCACCACCCCCAAGGAGCCUGCUCCCACCACCCCCAAGGAGCCUGCACCCACCACCCCGAAGGAGCCUGCACCCACCACCCCCAAGGAGCCUGCACCCACCACCCUGAAGGAGCCUGCACCCACCACCCCCAAGGAGCCUGCUCCCACCACCCCCGAGGAGCCUGCUCCCACCACCCCCAAGGAGCCUGCACCCACCACCCCGAAGGAGCCUGCACCCACCACCCCCAAGGAGCCUGCACCCACCACCCCGAAGGAGCCUGCACCCACCACCCCGAAGGAGCCUGCUCCCACCACUCCCAAGGAGCCUGCUCCCACCACCCCGAAGAAGCCUGCACCCACCACCCCCGAGGAGCCUGCUCCCACCACCCCCAAGGAGCCUGCACCCACCACUCCCAAGGAGCCUGCUCCCACCACCCCGAAGGAGCCUGCACCCACCACCCCCAAGGAGCCUGCACCCACCACCCCGAAGGAGCCUGCACCCACCACCCCCAAGGAGCCUGCACCCACCACCCCGAAGGAGCCUGCUCCCACCACCCCGAAGGAGCCUGCUCCCACCACCCCGAAGGAGCCUGCACCCACCACCCCGAAGAAGCCUGCACCCACCACCCCCGAGGAGCCUGCUCCCACCACUCCCAAGGAGCCUGCUCCCACCACCCCAAAGAAGCCUGCACCCACCGCCCCCAAGGAGUCCGCUCCCACCGCCCCCAAGGAGCCUGCACCCACCACAAAGGAGCCCCCUGCUCCCACCACCCCCAAGGAGCCUGCACCCACCACCCCCAAGGAGCCUGCACCCACCACCCCCAAGGAGCCUGCUCCCACCACAUCUCCUCCAAGUUCUCCUGAUAUACCUGCUCCAACCACCUCAGAGGCCUCUACUUCAACUACCACCGUGGAGCCUCCCACUACUCCGAAGAGCCCUGCUGAAUCAACUCCUCAGCCUCCUAUAGAAUCCACACCAAAGGCUCUUGAAAACAGUCCCAAGAAGCCUGCAGUACCCACAAUCAAGGCUCCUAAAGUGAACAAACCUGAAAUGACUACAACAGUUAAAGACAAGUCCACAGAAAAAGACAUACAUUCUACACCUGAAAUUACAACAGCUGCAGCUAAGAUUAUAACAGAGGCAGCAACUAAAACAGAAAAGACUACUGAAACCAAACUACCAAGUACAACCACAGAUGUAACAUCUACCACAACCGAAGAUACCACAACAUCAUCCAAAAUUACUCCUAAAGCAACUCUUGCACCUAAAGUAAUGACUGCAACAAAGACGACGACCAAGAAGACAAGCAAACCUGAACAGACCACAGCUGUACCAAAAGGCACAGCUACUAAUUCUCAAGCGACAACUCCUAAACCUCAGAAACCAACCAGAGCACCCAAAAAGCCCACUUCGACCAAAAAGCCAAGAACACCUAGAGUGAGAAAACCAAAGACUACACCAACUCCCCCAAAGAUGAUGACAUCAGCAAUGCCUGAACUGACUCCUACCUCUUUACCAGAAGCCAUGCUCCAAACCACCACCAGCCCUACCCCAACCCCCAACUCAGAAAUAAUUGAGGUAAACCCAAAGAAUGAGGAUGGAGAUGCUGCUGAAGGAGAAAAACCUCAUGUGAUUUUCAGGCCCCCUGUGCUAACUCCUAUAGUUAUUCCAGGCACUGAAAUCAUAGUGAGAGGACCCAGUCAAGGCUUCGGUAUCAGCCCCAUGUUUUCAGAUGAAACUAAUUUAUGCAAUGGUAGGCCAGUAGAUGGACUGACUACUUUGCGUAAUGGGACAUUAGUUGCAUUUCGAGGUCAUUAUUUCUGGAUGCUAACUCCAUUCAGUCCACCAUCUCCACCUCGGAGAAUUACUGAAGUUUGGGGCAUUCCCUCCCCCAUUGAUACUGUUUUUACGAGAUGCAACUGUGAAGGAAAGACUUUCUUCUUUAAGGAUUCUCAGUACUGGCGUUUCACCAAUGAUAUAAAAGAUGCAGGAUAUCCCAAACUAAUUUCCAAAGGAUUUGGAGGACUAAAUGGAAAAAUAGUGGCAGCUCUCUCAAUAGCUCAAUACAAGAACAGACCUGAAUCUGUGUAUUUUUUCAAGAGAGGUGGCAGUGUUCAGCAGUACACUUACAAACAGGAACCCACCCAAAAGUGUACUGGAAGAAGGCCUGCUAUAAACUAUUCCGUGUAUGGAGAAACAGCACAGGUCAGGAGACGUCGAUUUGAACGUGCUAUAGGACCUUCUCAAAUACACACCAUCAGAAUUCAGUACUCACCCAUCAGAGUCCCUUAUCAAGACAAAGGUUUCCUCCAUAAUGAAGUUAAAGUGAGCACACUGUGGAGAGGACUUCCAAACGUGGUUACUUCAGCAAUAUCACUGCCCAACAUCAGAAAACCCGAUGGCUAUGAUUACUAUGCCUUUUCUAAAGAUCAAUACUAUAACGUCGACGUGCCAAGUAGGACAGCAAGAGCCAUUACUACUCGUUCUGGGCAGACCUUAUCCAAUACCUGGUACAACUGUCCUUAGACUGAGGGGCGACGGAAGAAUCAACUAAUUAAAAUGAAGAAGCGAAUGAUAAAUGUUGACACUGAAAUACA